GUGAGUCGCUCAGUCUUGAUUUCUUAACGGUUUUAAAACGACCUCAACACGGUUCGCCGCUAGGAUUUCUCACUUGGCAGUAUUUAACUCGACGUCUUUAUUCAAAUUUGAUAAACGGGGGGUGGGGGGGCACCCGGAAGUUGCAACAGAAUAAGACGUCCGUGCUCUUCCUCCUUGUUGCAAACUGUGGUUCCUUUCCGCUCUGCAUGCAUUACUUCUGCUGUAAUGGACCCGACACACUGGGCGAAGGUCUGCUAACCACAAAGUCGCAACAUUUCUAGGCAGGAAUGAGACUCCCCCCCCACCGCUGAGCUCAAGAUGAGAGAGUGGUGGGUUCAUGUGGGCUUGAUCUGCAUCCCGUUGGUGGCCGUCUACCUUCACAUCCCUCCCCCUCAUCUGUCACCUUCCCUGCAGAAGUGGCACACUGCCGGGGAGCUGUUUCACUUCCGAGACAGGGAAAUCUUCUACAGAGAUUCAUUUGGAGCGUUGGGAAGCUCUGAUGUCAUCAUUCUGCUCCAUGGCUUCCCUACCUCCAGCUUUGACUGGAACAAGAUCUGGGAGCCACUCACUCAGCGCUUCCAUCGAGUCAUUGCACUGGACUUCCUGGGUUUUGGCUUCAGUGACAAGCCACGACCCCACAAGUACUCCAUCUUCGAGCAGGCCAGUGUGGUCGAGGCCCUGGUGGCUCACUUGGGUCUGAGCAACCAGCGAGUGAAUCUGGUGUCUCAUGACUAUGGAGACACUGUGGCCCUGGAGUUGCUCUACCGAAGUGACCAAAACCGCACAGGUCACCUGAUCAUCAACAGCCUGUGUCUUUCCAAUGGAGGUGUAUUCCCAGAAACAAAUUACCCACGUUUGCUACAGACGCUUCUGAAGGACUCUAGUAUUCUGGCUCCAGUUCUUAUGCGUCUCACCAACUAUAAGCUCUUCCAAAGAGGGAUUGGACAUGUUUUCGGUCCGUACACGCAGCCCACAGACGCUGAGUUCUGGGACAUGUGGACAGGUUUACGCUACAAUGAUGGCAACUUAGUGUUGGACAGUAUUCUGCAGUACAUCAACCAGAGAUCCAAACACAGAGAGCGAUGGGUGGGCACCCUCACUUCCACCAUCAUCCCACUGCACAUGAUCUACGGACCUCUGGACCCCGUCAACCCUCAUCCUCAGUUCAUCCGUCUUUACAAGCAGCUGGUCCAGAGGUCGACGAUCACCAUUUUGGAUGAACACAUCAGUCACUAUCCUCAGCUGGAAGAUCCCACCGGCUUCCUCAAUGCAUAUUUAAAUUUUAUUCACUCUUUCUGAGAGGUUACCAAAUCAUCGCCCCAUGUUCUGGAAAUAAUUCACUCUUAACACGCCGUUUGGUACUUUUGCAACUUAUUCAAAGUGAUAAGGUCACAUGUGAUGCAGAGACCUUUCCUGAUGAUGCUGCAGCUUAUGCAUCAGUUUGAGAUUUAAUCACAAGUGAUGAGCGUCGAUUCUUUAAUUGUCAAUUAACAUAUGGAAGACAUCCAAUGUGAGCUAGAAACAUGAUUAAUUCUACUUAAUGCAAAUGAAUGACUAAUCUGAUGACGACAGUGUUAAUGGGAUCAUCUCUCAGCAUUAUACUGAAAGUUAUUUUGGCGUGUGCAAUUAUUGAACAUAUCUGUGGGACAUCACUUUGGUUCCCUCCAUUUGUCUUGCACAGCUGCAUUGAGCGAAUUCUUUCUGAAUGAUUUUCUACAUUUCUCCUGAUGUCAUUGAAAAUCCUAAAUAUCAACCUUUCUUUAAAUAAAACUAGUUUUGU